UACAAUAAUAAACAUUGUGCCAAAUCUUAUUGAGUUCCUUUCAUCGAAUGAAUGCCGAGUUCAAUUUAAAUGCAGGAAUCGUGAAGUGAAGGAGCAGUAGAACUUUAAGUUUUUAAGUAUUUUAAUUAAAUAGUAUUUGCUUUUGCAAGGACCUGGAUUACCUUGUAAAAGUGCUGACAUCAAAGCGCAUUAAAUAUCAAUGAUAAUAAUAUAGCUUACAACACAACUAAACAUAAACAAUACUUCCUUCCGUACAUUUACAAACCACAACGGACCCACCUACAACUAAGCCAACUUCUAAGCGAAGUAGUGCCACACUUCGUAUUUCGUUAAAACCUCGCAAGAAAAACUUUCCAGUGCACGUAGCUCGCAUAACGUCGACCCUCAAUCCACUACAAGGAAUGAGCAAAUAAGAAACUUGGAAAACUUUUCAAAGCACUUAGCGCAUCAGAGCCAUUUUUGUUGCAUCCAAGUUUGCUAAUUUUUUUCUACUUUUGCAAUUUUUGCAGUGUGGCAGCGUAUCUAUACGCUGUCAACCGGCGUCGGUACCGGUAAAAAAUUUAACAUACACACGUACACAUAGAGUGAGAGAGAGAGUCAGUGACUCUAUCGCUACAAUAGAAGACAAUUGUGGGUUUAAAAAGUUUUAAUACCCAAACAACAUCAAAGCAGCUGCUGUGCAUUUGUGAAGUUUCGAUGCAAGUAGAGGAAGCGAUGUGCAUUGCCAACGCCUUUGUUGCAGCAACUUGUAUGCAUUUCAGAAAUUAAAGUACCAAAAGCAAUCAACAACACAAGCAAGCAAAAGUAGUACAAAGUGUUGAAAAAUUCCGCUUAAUAACUUUAAAUUUUAAUAAACCAAACAUGACGAAACUUUGUUUAAAAAUGUUUUACUGCAUCUUCAUUUUCCUCUGCAUAAAUGUGCAUUUAUAUGCAGUUACUGGAGCGCCAACUCAUCAUUUAACCAUAAGUGUGGAAGGCGACACACCAACGCUUGUCGUUACUUCUGCUGAAAUUGGCAUAACGCCUGAGGUACUACAACAAACUGCAAAGACGACGAUAACUGCAAAGGGAUUACCACUAACGCCCAUAGCCAAAACAAGCCAAACAAUAACAACAACACCAACUAUAGCGAAACCGGUCUCCAAUACACAACUGUCGAGCAAGAAUGUUGAAGAGUACAGGAAAGAAUUUAAAAAUACAGCACCGAAGCCAAAAAGUAAAUCUAUGAAAUCCCAGUACACAAAGAAAAGACAACAAUUUCCAACAAAGGAUAAGACAAUAUGGCGUGAGAAAAAUUUUAUAAGAGCAACUGAAAUAGAAGUUUCAACAACAACAGCAACAACAACUACACCAGACACUACUUUAGCUACUCUACGUGGAACUAUAGUGACAACUCCAUUAAAUAAAACAUCCACUGAGGGUGCAGUUGAAGUUGCACAAGCUGCAACAGAACCUGUGCCAAAUUUGAGUGAGAAAAAGAUAGGCAGUCGGGAAAAUCAAUAUGAAACCACAGAGUAUGCGACGGUAGAAACCACAAAGAUACCAAUGCCAGGUGUUGUUGCCACUAAAUCUAUGCAGGUGUAUGAAAUAAGUGAGCCAACAACAAUGUCAGAUGCAACAACACUUGGAAACAUGCCACGCGUAAUAGCAACAAAAUCGUUACCGCCAGACGUUCUGGCAACAACUGCGUUGAAAUUGGAAAAUGAAACUAAGCAUAAUACAACCAUUGGACAAACAACACAGUCUACUUCAAAUGCCAUUAGUACAGACAGUGUCAUCAAUAUAAGUGCGAUGAUGUUGACAACGCAACAAGAUGAUGCUAAAGCCAUGCCAAAAGCAAUAGCAGAAUAUGCAACUGAAAAAAUUGCUAAGGAAACUGAUAGUGCCACAACAGCGGCACAAACAACAACUAUAAGAUCGAGAGUAGACACGGCAACAACAGCCAAAAUAGCAACUAUUUUACCUGGAGCUACUCUAAUGGAUGCAGUUGUACAAACGGCGGGAGUUAGCGAAGAGAUAUUAAAGAUGCCGGUAAUUACAACGGAACCGGAUAUAAUGACAACGACAAUCGAGUACACAGCAGCUACCGCAACUAUUGCGACUACUGCACCUACGGCAACAAGAGCUAAAGUUGAAGUGGGAAUCGUUGCACAAUUUAAUGACAGCCAAAUUGAUGAAAUUGUAACAACAAAAGACAGUGCCGACAGCACAAACAAUUUGAAAAACAACAGCAAUGCCAGUAGAGUAACAGCAAAGCAAAGUAAUUUGGAAGCUGUGAAUAUGAAAACAGCCCCCGUGAUUAUGACAACCAAACAUCCAGAGGCAAUAAAUGUGUUGCCUACAAAACAGCAGCGAGAACAAACGCCACAGCAUGAACACCAUCAGGAAGCUGGUAGCAUAAAGCUUAUCGAUUUAGAGAAACAUGAUUUGGAGGCAAUUCAUGCUUUACAACAACAAAAGCUCUACCACCCACUCAAUGACGGACACGAUGGUGUGAAGAGCACUAAAAAGAAGCAACUAAUUGACAAGCAUUAUUUAGUUGAUGUGACAGAUAUGCCAACAACUGAAAGUGGUUUCAUCGCAACAGUGAGACGCAGUAAUGAAUCACAAGUAAUAGCAGCCACACCAACAGCAACAGCAACAAAAACAAUAGUAGCAGCAACAACUGCCACAUCGAAAAAUACCACUCAGGCAUCCACAUCAACAGAAGCGACAUUAAUUGACUUACCAACAACAACAACAACAGUGGCGCUCACAGUGGAGACAACAGCAGCAGCAGAACCAGCAACUAAAAAAUCAAUAUCAAACGACCUUACAGCAACAAAUGGUGCAACAGCAGCAGCAACAGAAGCAGUGAAAGCAACUAAAAGUCCAACAACAACUACAGUAAAGCAAUUAAGUGUUAAUCUGCAACUCGAUAAGUUGGAUCAAACUACAUUUCCAGCCACCUCACCACCCUCUUUAACGACAACUUUCACUCCCGUGCAUAGUGGUUACUUAGGUCCAAUUUUCAUGGGGGAGAAAACUUUUAGCGUUUUGCAUACUGCAAGCCAGCGACCGCAUGAACAGCAUGAGUCUUCAAUUGCCUCAAGAUUGCGGGAUGGACGCAUAGUUGAAAUAAUUGCGCCAACUGCAUUAGUUGAGCAAACAACAGAACAGCAUGAUAAUUUAAAUGAACUGUCAACAACAACAACAACAACAACAACGACAACUGGAAAACCAAGUCUAACAGAAGAAUUAACACCCGUACUCUCAACUACAGUAUUUGAAGUACCAAAGGCUAUAAACAGUGCCACACGUUUUCCCGAAAGAAAGAACUUGUUGAGUGCAGAGAGUAUUGCUGGAAAUGCUGGUAUACCUGCUGCAUUAGAUAAUACAGUACGUACGGAGUCCAAAAUUUCUGAUAUACAAAUUGAAGUCUACGACUCAACAAUUGAUUCAAUUGUAGCUUCUACAAAUUUUAAGGACAAUGAAGGCUAUUAUUCUUUACCAGUGGAAUCAGCUGUAGGUACUACGCGUCCACCAUUGGCAGCGUCCACACAAGAACGCUUUACGCAAUAUGUAGUCGAUCGUGUAGAUAGUUCAACACCAGAAUCUAAUAAUAUAGCAGCAAGUGGCGGUUUAGGCAAGCCCGAGCCGGCAGCUAUAGAAAUACAUAUAAAUGUAUCUGAGGGUAUUGGUAAUGAGAGCGAAGAUCUGGAAUUUUUAUAUAGACAAACAGAUUACAACGCCAACACUAGAAGUAAUAGUUAUAACCAUUAUGCUGCUAAGAACAGAAAUCCGAUAUCGGUUAAGUCUUAUGCAGCCAAUAACGCUGGUGGUGUACAGAAUGGUACCAGUGCCAACGGUGGCAGUGAUGAAGUUUUGGUUGUGGAAAUUAUAGAUACGGGUGAGAAUAGCACUGAUAACUCAGCUAGUGUAGAGAACUUAAAUCCUAUAUUUACUUUUCGUGCUGAUGCAGAUGCGGAUGUUGAACUCAAAGAUGUAAAAUAUUAUAAUCAAAAUGCUUUAGUUAAACCGCCGCAAAUGUCAGAUGAACUUUUUACUGCUGAUGUCAAGCAAAGCGGUAGUGAUGGUUAUUUACAGCCACCGCCACCACCACCACCACCACCACGUAAGCCAAACAUAGAUCGUGAUUCUGAUACUAUUUUCUAUAUAUCAAAUACUGAGGUUAAAGUGGGUGAGUCUCUACCAACACCCAACACCAGUUAUGAGCAGUUGCAACAGCAACUACGUAAGAGACGUCUCGAGGCACAGUUUUUUCCAGCUAAUUACAAAGCACCAACUACACCAACUAAUGUUGGCAAGAUGAGAAAUCCACCCUUGCGUUAUGAAGAAGAUAUAUAUUUAUCACCGUUGCAGCACACCUCAGAUGCGCUGAAGAUUUUUCGUAGUGGCAUAGAUGGCGCACCGCCACUCGACGUUACUUAUGUUGGUGAAUCUGUGAUGGAAGUUGAACAGCAACAACCCAGUAGUAAUAGUGUUGGCGCAACAACAAUUGUAUCUGCACAAGCACCUGAUGUCAUCAUACAACCAGCUAUACUGCCGGAAAUGUCAAUAGGUGUGCCUGUAAUAGGUGAACUGCCGCCACAGAUUGAAUUGAAAGAAAUCGAUUUCAUGCCCGACGAAGCAAAUCAACAUCGCUCAGGCGUAUAUGAGAAUGACAUUGAAGAGAACGUGAAUGGCAAUGAAGUUGACAGACUUGUCGAGUCGUCAAUACAAUACGGUGGCGAUCUGAUAGACGAAGGUGCUGGUGGCAUUGGCUUUGAUGGCGUUGAGGGUUCUUAUCCGUUUGGCAAUCCAGCUACGUUACAUCGCAAUGCGAAACACACCGCGGCAGACUAUGCACACUUUAUACUCAAUCAUGGCGUUAAUAAUUUGCGCAAGGAUGAGUUAAGCGUAGAUGUGGGCAACUCAGCAGAAAUGCAGGUUGGCGAAAAUACCACAUUAAAAGAGUACUUGGCAAAAAACGGUAAUGACACUGCGAUGAACAUAAGCUAUGCUAUUGCUGAACGUAUGGGUAAUGCCACCGCAUUUUCAGUAAUGGAAGAACCAAACCUUGGAGGUGGCCUAGAACUUGAUUUUCAGAAUGUGUACACAUUGUUAAUUGGACUUUUCAUCAUCAUCAUACCGAUUGCGAUAACACUGACGAUGGCUUGCGCAUUGCAGUAA